AUGGUACUGUUGGGAAGGCCUGACGAGUGCGGGUUGAGCAUACAGUCGCGAGCAUCGCGGACGUACUUUCAGCUGGAUGCCAUCGAUCCCUCGAAACGCGGAACCACGAUUGAGAAACAGCGCGCUUUUCCCGUUGGCUCUUCGUCUAGGAUGGUGCGAGGUGUCUGUCUCAACCCGCGAAAACUAGAGACAGAGGCAUUUGCGGAGCGCGAUGAAGCUAUCAAGCUUGUGCAGAAGUUCAUGGUUCUGGCGCAGACGCUGGAGAGUUUGAAGGCUGUCGCAUUCGCGCUUGGGACUGCAGAUGGUGUGGAGAUCAGAGCUUCGAGGAUCGAAGAGAAGGUUGGUGCAAGCAGAUGCCCGUCGCCUGAGCUGGCAUUUAGUCCGCUUAAAUGUCCCACAUCAAAGCACGCUCGAGAAGACUUUUUGCACCCUCUCUUGGUCGCGCUUGUUGCAUUCAAGUUAGGCGGCCCGGUCAAUGCAGCCUUCACCACACACCGACACGAGUGGAGAAUUCCAAGCGACAACACACGCGAUACACCGAAUCUCCAUAGUGAGGGCGACGCCGGUAACAUGUUCGAGGAAAUGCGGAUCACCGUAGUCUGGGAGACGCGCGACGGUGAAGCAGCCGUUCCUUCAGGCAACCACACUGUGUUUCUGACAGGUGAUGCCACCCCUCGACCGCUGGUAGCAUUGAGAACGCAGGAGGAGGAUGGAGCUAGCUCGCCAAUCGCUAUACUUUACGAUUGCGGACAAGCGGCGUUGUACUACGACUGUGAUGAUCCGGAUAUUAUACGCAAGAGCAUCAGCGUGGACCUGCACCUGAAUACUAUCUUGGAUGAAGAUAUCCAGCUCUUAGAUGGCUCGUCCAGCAACGCGUUUCACGGAAAGCUAUCUCUGACCGAAUUAGUGACUGACUUUCCCAUCGCAGCAUACGCCACCCACUUCCACAACCUUCUCUUCGACAGUGUUGCACUCAACGUCAUGCUUACAAAACUGGGAACGCUCGACGUACCGUCAGCGCCAACUAUGCCGAACAGUGGACAGUGUCUGCUGGAAGAACGGUUCGAGACGUACAAGAAGGACAACUGGGCUCAUCUGCCGCUAGAGGUAAAGAGAAUGAAAACUGACGUGUAUCUGGAAGGCACUUAUCCCACAGCAGUCAGCUUUCUCAAUAAUGUUGUCCUCAAGGCACGUCGCGACGUUCAUCUACCUGUCGGAAUAAGUCUGUUUCCGCAGUCUCCCAUGGAUGUGAACUGCGAGUGGGCGAGAAGGUUUAUCUGA